AUGGCAAACGACCUUGCUCUAACUGACAUCAAGAUGGUAUUCAAGGAAAACGGGCAGAACAUUGGGGUGAUCUUCAGCCGAAAAUCUGCAGGGAAGAUCGUAAAUCAGAGUAUUGGAACUUGGUAUGACAACGCCGCCAAGAUCUACGACUUCUCCGAUGGAAAUCCGGACCAGGAGCAGUGCGCCUUCACCCAGAUGAUUUGGGAUAAAACCACGAGGAUCGGAGGGUGUCUCACCUGGUAUGGGAACAUUGGUUUUGUUGUUAUGAACUACUGGCCUCCAGGGAAUACCAGGGGUCAUUUCCUCAGAAACGUAUUCCCACGAGUGCUACCUGAAAAAGAGGGCGGGGUUGAGAGGGUUGUACUUGCCAAAGAUAAUUUCACGAGCUUUCUGAAAGUUGAUCAGAAAAAUGUUGAAAGUGAUCAAAAGAAAGAUAAAAUCGAAGCUAAGAUUGAGGUAACUCAGCCGGAAAAAGAAUUAAGUACAACAUCUCAAGCAGGUGAUGAUAUGUCCGAGAUUACAACAAAACCUGUGGUAGAAACUGUGGUAGAACCUGUGGUAGAACCUGUGAUAGAACCUGUGAUAGAACCUGUGAUAGAACCUGUGGUAGAAACUGUGGUAGAACCUGUGAUAGAACCUGUGAUAGAACCUGCAGUAGAACCUGUGAUAGAACCUGUGGUACAACCUGUGGUACAACCUGAAGCAGAACCUUUAGCAGAACUUUCAACAGGAAAUGCAGCAGAACCUGUUGGGAAGGAAGCUGAUGAAGAGAUUUAUGAAGUGAUGGGAAAUGUUGAGAAGGAAGCUGAUGAGGACAUUUAUGAAGUGAUGGGAAAUGUUGGGAAGGAAGCUGAUGAGGAGAUUUAUGAAGUGAUGGGAAAUGUUGGGAAGGAAGCUGAUGAUGAGAUUUAUGAAGUAAUGGGAAAUGUUGGGAAGGAAGCUGAUGAUGAGAUUUAUGAAGUGAUGGGAAAUGUUGGGAAGGAAGCUGAUGAUGAGAUUUAUGAAGUAAUGGGAAAUGUUGGGAAGGAUGCUGAUGAAGAGCUUUAUGAGGUGAUGGGAAAUGUUGGGAAGGAAGCUGAUGAUGAGAUUUAUGAAGUAAUGGGAAAUGUUGGGAAGGAUGCUGAUGAAGAGCUUUAUGAGGUGAUGGGAAAUGUUGGGAAGGAAGCUGAUGAAGAGAUUUAUGAAGUGAUGGGAAAUGUUGAGAAGGAAGCUGAUGAGGACAUUUAUGAAGUGAUGGGAAAUGUUGAGAAGGAAGCUGACGAAGAGAUUUAUGAAGUGAUGGGAAAUGAUGGGAAGGAAGCUGAGAUGGAAGAAUCAGACUACGAAUAUAUGAAAACAGGUAUUUCAGAGAGUAAGAAAGAUUCAGGGCUAGGAGAUUCUGCAGUAUCAUCUCAAUUGCUAGAGGAAAGUUACUCUCUUUCUCCUGAGGGUGACAACGCAGUGUUUGAAGAACCAAUUUACAUGGAUUUAAUGGAUCUGCAUCCAGAGGGUGAGUAUAUGGAACAUCAUCCGGCGAACGACAUGAAACCUGCCAAGAAACCAUAUUAUGCGAACGGGCAUGCUUCUAAAAACAUGUACGAAAACACAAACAAGUUUGAUCAUGAAUACCACAACAUGAAACGUAUGGAUAGCUACAAUGAUCACGACUAUGAAACCUUAUCUCGCCACCAAUCUUCGAAGAAGGAAGAAAUAGUUUACGAUACGCCUACUCCCAUUAUUUCAGGUGGCUUAUCGGGCGCUAUUUUCCUAUUUUCUGAACCACCACCAAUUGAAAGCAGUGAAACAGAACCUGCACCUGCACCCAAAUCUGCAGUAGAACCCGCACCAGAACCUGUUAAAGAACCUGCACCAGAACCUGUUAAAGAACCAGCAGUAGAACCUGUGGUAGAACCUGUGGUAGAACCUGUGGUAGAACCUGUGGUAGAACCUGUGGUAGAACCUGUGGUAGAACCUGUGGUAGAACCUGUGGUAGAACCUGUGGUAGAACCUGUGGUAGAACCUGUGGUAGAACCAGUAGCAGAAUCUGUGACGGAACCUGCAGCAGAGUCUGUUUCAGAACCUGCAGUAGAACCAGUAGCAAAAACUGUGACGGAACCUGUAGUAGAACCUGUAGUAGAACCUGUGGUAGAACCUGUGAUAGAACCAUUAGCAGAAUCUGUGACGGAACCUGCACCAGAACCUGCAGUAGAACCCGUGGUAGAACCAGUAGCAGAAUCUGUGGUAGAACCAGUAGCAGAAUCUGUGACGGAACCUGCACCAGAACCUGCAGUAGAAUCUGUGGUAGAACCAGUGGAAGAACCUGCCGAGUGUGUUUCAGAACCUGCACCAGAACCUGCAGUAGAACCAGUAGCAGAACCUGUGAUGGAACCAGUAGCAGAAUCUGUGACGGAACCUGCACCAGAACCUGCAGUAGAAUCUGUGGUAGAACCAGUUGAAGAACCUGUAGCAGAACCUGUGACGGAACCUGCAACCGAGUCUGUUUCAGAACUUGUGGUAGAACCUGCAGUAGAACCUGUGAUGGAACCUGUGAUAGAACCAGUAGCAGAAUCUGUGACGGAACCUGCACCAGAACCUGCAGUAGAACCCGUGGUAGAACCAGUAGCAGAAUCUGUGGUAGAACCAGUAGCAGAAUCUGUGACGGAACCUCCAGCCGAGUGUGUUUUAGAACCUGCACCAGAACCUGCAGUAGAACCAGUAGCAGAACCUGUGAUGGAACCAGUAGCAGAAUCUGUGACGGAACCUCCAGCCGAGUGUGUUUUAGAACCUGCACCAGAACCUGCAGUAGAACCAGUAGCAGAACCUGUGAUGGAACCAGUAGCAGAAUCUGUGACGGAACCUGCACCAGAACCUGCAGUAGAAUCUGUGGUAGAACCAGUGGAAGAACCUGUAGCAGAAACUGCAGUAGAACCUGUAGCAGAAACUGCGGUAGAAUCAGUAGCAGAACCUGUGGUAGUACCUGCACCAGAACCUGCAGUAGAACCUGUAGCAGAAUCUGUGACGGAACCUGCAGCAGAACCUGCAGUAGAACCUCUGGUAGAACUUGUGGUAGAACCUGUGGUAGAACCUGUAGCAGAAUCUGUGAUAGAACCUGCAGCCGAGUCUGUUUCAGAAGCUGUGGUAGAACCUGUGGUAGAACCAGUAGCAGAACCUGUGAAGGAACCUGCACCAGAACCUGUUUUAGAACCUGAAGUAGAACCUGUUACAAAGCUUGUAUGAGAACCUGUAGAAGACCUAUCCACAAACCUUCCAAGUUGGACAGAACCUAUUUCAUUAGAUAAUAGUGCUACAAAACCAAAAGAACCAAUCCAAAAUGGAAAUAGUAUUUUCCAUUUUUCCCUAGCAAUUUAACCUGUAGUAAACGUAGAGUUCUAACCGUUCAGAACAAUCUGAAGAAUGAAUGAAUAUUUUCAUCCGGAACCGAUAUUGCAUGUAAUUUAAUUUGUGACUUAAAUUUUUAGUAGAAAGGUCAUGUACGAACGCAUAAUUGCGAUGCUAUUGCUUUCUGCAUUUAAGUCGAGUCAUUGAUACGUCUUUGCUUUUUUAUCAAUUUUAACAUGGAUUUUAUCAACCAUACAGAAAUUUUGAAAAAUGCUUUUGUACUUGUAGGAACUAGGACUAGGAGACUAUGAAAUUUAUCGAUUAUGUUUAUUUGUAAAUGAACUCGAGUAUAUGAAUAAUCGACAAUUCCACAUUUAUGAAUGAAUGGCUGUCAUUAUGUAUAUAUGGAAUUUUCCGAUUGUAAUUUUGUAAUUUUAAGUUGUGGCAAGAAACUUGAAAGUAGACACUGGCCAUAACACUGAUGUGCAGAUUGUAAAAACUGAAUUGUGUACAUGCAACGGCCAUUGCGAUUUUAAACCACGUUUUGAUGAAAAUUCAGGAGUUCUGAUCGAUUUUGAUGCCUGAUAUCUUAUUCUUAUGUUAGUGUGUUCUUAGAUCUACUGUUAAUUGUUUGUAACUAUUAUGAUAUGCUAUUAGAAUUUGAAUUAUAUUUUACGUUUCGUUUUUAAUUAUGAAA